UUGCUAUCAUUCUAUUACUCAGUAUUAGCUAUGCACAUGUCUUCCAUACAGAUCAUGACAUACAGAUGAGUAAUGCUAUAUAUACACCAUUCUGAUUCACAAAUGCAACAUGGCUCCAUGGAAAAACACCCUAGCCCUGGAAAACACAAAAGACAGUGUGAGGUUCAUACUGGAUCAGAACAUCCAUCGACCUGACCUCGCCGCUAACAACACGUGAUGCGCACACUGUAUACAUGGUGUGACAGGGAGCUUAGU